AACGAAAUGGUUGUGCUUGCGUCGUCUAUCUGUACAAAGACCGGCAAGGCCCUGGUGUCGCGGCAGUUUGUUGAGAUGCCCCGCACGCGCAUCGAGGGACUCCUGGCGUCGUUUCCCAAGCUGAUGGUCCCUAAGCAGCAACAUACAACGGUGGAGACCGAGACGAUCCGGUACGUAUACCAGCCGAUCGGCGAGGACAUGUACGCGGUUCUGAUCACGAGUCGGCAGAACAACAUUGUGCAGGACAUGGACACGCUGCAUCUGAUUGCGCGCGCAGUCUCUGACAUCUGUGACAUCGGCGACCAGCAGGACGUGAUCAUGCACGGGUUUGAGAUCCUGUCGUCAUUCGACGAGAUCAUCACGCUUGGGUACAGGGAUAACGUGGAUCUGGGCAAGCUGCGCACGAUCAUGGAGAUGGAGAGCCACGAGGAGAAGAUCCAGGAGAUCAUCGAGCGGAACAAGGAGCGCGAGGCGAAGCAGGAACUCAAGCGGAAAGCCAAGAUGUUUGAUCAGCAGCGCCGGGAGGCGGCUAAGCGCGGCAUGGGCAACCCGAGCCUGGGAGGCAUUGGGUCGGGCUCCAGCGGUUCGAUGAUAGGCAGCGGCGGUGGCCGGAUGGGCGGCAGCUACGAGCCGCUGCUGUCGCAGGAGCCGGAGCCCGUGCGUCAAUCGUUCGCACAGAACACGGCACCGGCAGCAUCCACGUCGGCAUUCACAUCAACCGCACGCGGCAUGAGGCUGGGUCGCAAGCCCAAGGGUGCCGACAUCAUGGGUGCCAUGAAGAAUGAAGUUGAUCUUGUGCAGCAGUUCCAGCAGGACCUGUCGAUCACCGAAGAGGUUCCUGCGACGGCUCCCGCUGCCGCUGCUGCACCGCUGCCUGCUAUCGACAUGAAGGGCGUGCAUGUGCAGGUCGAGGAGCAUAUCACAGCUAUCGUUAAUCGGGACGGUGGGCUGGAGCAGAUGGAGGUCAAGGGUGAUCUGUCAUUGGUGGUCAACGAUGAAGCGUAUGCGAACGUGCAGCUGGGCUUGCUGUCGAACGACACGCACAACGCGCAGGUCAAGACGCACCCCAAGAUCGACAAGAAGAAGUUCCACGCCGAGUCGGUGAUUGCGCUGCGCGACGCCAACGGCUCGUUCCCACUGGGCCAGCCCAUUGGCGUGCUCAAGUGGCGCAUCGUCUCGGGUGACGAGGACGCGGUGCCGUUCACGAUCAACUGCUGGCCGACGCCUAACGGCAACGGCUCAAUUGAUGUGAACAUUGAAUAUGAGCUGACAAACGAGCGGCUGGUGCUGGACGAUGUUGUGGUGUCGAUCCCAAUCCCGCACGGCGCGCAGCCGACGGUGGGCGAGGUCGAUGGGCUGUACAGCGUGAACCAUGCCCGCAGCACGCUCGACUGGCAGAUCCCAACUGUUGACGCCAGCAACAAGGAUGGCAGUCUGGACUUUAGUGUGCCUGGCGACGAUGCCGGAGCUUUCUUCCCGGUCAUGAUCUCGUUUGCAUGCAGCAAGUCGUACUAUGACCUCGACAUCACUGGAAUCGCGACGCCCGACGGCCAGCAGGUGGACUAUUCGGAGUCUGUGGCCCUGAUCCCAGUCCAGUACGGUGUUAUCUAAAAUUACGAAGCAUCAUUCGCAUGUCCACGGGCUCACUUCUCCCUUUUCCACAAGCUUUUUUCUAUAUCUCGCAACUAAAAAAAUUAAGAUUUUACAUAU